UGAACUUGGAAGUGGGCGACACGAAAUCUAGAGCUUCUUCUUUUCUACCUUCACCUACCUACACAUCAAAGCGAAUACACGGGACCCAGCUUCUCGAGAGACCAUCUUGAUCCAUAAAUCCAGCAAACUAGCCGCCGACUUCCGAGGACGAAGCAUCCGACCAGCCAUCCUCCCCCCUCCCUUCGAUAAUGAUAAUGCGACAGCUACCGACUGUUCUUGGUCUAUCCUAGCCACUCCCCCAGAUGCGCCGUCGAUCGCCAUGUCCACGUCCAACAGGUACGGUAAUUCGUACCGCAAUGGCAACGGCUACGGCAACGGCUACGGCAACUUUGUAGCCCCUCCAAAGCAAUCACAAGAUGACUACGACCCAUACGGCGACGACUAUGGUGGCGAUGCGAGGUACGGCCCGCCAGUCCCCUCCAUAGGUUCGCGAUCAUCCCCAGCCCCAGGUCUGCUUCGCGACGAGCCUCCCAUUCCCGCCCAAAGAGAGCGCGCCCCGCCGGUCGAGACCACAAACGCCGAGCGGCAGAUUGCCCAGGUCCUAGAGCACAUCAAGCAGGAAUGGCCCUCCAUGUGCGAGACCGACUGCAUCCCCGUCCAACUCGCCCUCCAGCUGCUCGACAGCAGCUCCGUCGGCCGCGCCCACGAAUACGACAAGUUCCAGGAGACCUAUGAAUACCUCCAGGAAUCCCUCAAGGGGAUCGUCCACGAACACCACCAGGGCUUCAACAGCUCCAUCGGCACCUUCCACAAAAUCCAGGGCAGCAUACAGGCCUCCCAGAAGAGGGUCCGCGCCCUCAAGGAGUCCCUCGCCGCCGCCAAAACCAGCCUCUGCACCACCGACCCGGAUCUCAAGAAGCUGUCGGCCACCUCCCAGGCCUACGAAGGGCUCCUGAACACGCUAAACGAGCUACAAGAGCUGCGUGUGGUCCCGGACCAGCUGGAAGCCCACAUUUCCGAGAAGAGAUUCGUCUCUGCCGUCGAUGUCCUCCAGAACGCCCUGCGCAAGUUGCGCAAGCCGGAGCUCGACGAAAUCGGUGCGCUGAGCGACCUGAGGAGCUACCUAGCCAACCAAGACACCGCGUUGAUGGACAUCCUUGUGGAGGAACUCCACGAGCACUUGUAUUUGAAAUCGCCGUACUGCCAGGAGAGGUGGCAGGGCUUGGCGAAGGACCAGGGCGCCUCCACGGGGUCGUAUGCCGACUCGACGUCCAAUAUCGUACCCUUUCAUGAAUGCGUCGAGAAUAUCGACUUUGAACGCGCCGCGACGGAGGACCCUGCUAAGAACCCGGAAGCUGAUACGUUUUCCUACAUUGGUCUCCUCGUAGAGGCGUUGAACAAGCUCGGACGCCUCGAAGCCGCCGUCGACAUACUCAAGCAGAGGAUGCCGGUGGAGCUCUUUGGGACUGUCAACUACACCAUAAAUGAGGUCGACCAACGACACCCCAGCUCGCUCAGGGGUGGUUCGACAAACUCGGAGGGCCUGUAUAUCUAUGGUAGCCGGGAAACGCAAAUGAGGGCAGACGUUAUAUACGACCUUCUUUGGACGCUCUAUGGCAAAUUUGAGGCCAUCGCCGAAGCCCAUCGCGUUUUCCACGAGACGAUCAAAGCUCUUAUUCGCCGCGAGGGGGCGGGGAACAACAGUGCGUUACUUGGUAGCUUUAAGGAGCUCUGGAACCUGUAUCAGAACGAGAUCCGGUCUCUGUUGCAUAACUACGUCACGACGGAUGCCGACCUCUAUCAUUUCAGUUCCUCGCCCAAGACAGGCGCGAGCCUAGUGGGCAAGAAGGAUGCCGCCCGCGAACAUUUAUUCAAGUUUGCGGAAACGGACCCCAAAGCCCCAGACAUCGUCGCGGAAUACGAUGCCCUCGAGAGCAUACUACGCGCGGCCGUGCCCGGCUUAACGGACGAUCGGAAGGGGGCGGCUUCUGACAAGAGAGCAGGCAGCCGGCCGAUAUUAGACCCUGUCGGCUCAAGAAAGGGCGCUGCUGCCAGUUACGAGACGAAACAGGGCUCCGAGAGCCACAAGUCGCUCGUCGAACCGAGCGUCUUCAACAUGAGCCUUCUGCUCCCGCCGACGCUGGUCUUCCUCCAGCGACUUCGGACGAUCGUCCCGCCAGGUUCUGACCUGGCCACCAGCACGCUGACGACGUUCCUGGAUAACUUUCUCGUCAACGUCUUCCACCCUCAGCUCGAUGAGACCCUCGACAAACUCAGCGAUACCAUUUUCGGCGAAGCCGAUUCCUUCCUGCAAGAUCAAGAGUGGGCUCGGGUGGCGAAGAAGCCUGUCUUCAAAGGCACAACGGCCUUCUUCACGGUCGUCACGGCCUUCUGCAAGAUGCUCGCCACCAUCCCUCCCGACCAGGCCCUGAGUUCUCUCAUCAUCACGCAGAUGAUGAGGUACUACGACAAAUGCUUCGGUUGGUACAAAUCUCUCGUGACCAAAGGCCAGGACGAAGCGACCGACUCCCAGACUCUAAGACUGUCGGCGACGUUGGCUCUCGAGCCGAGCGCCAUUACCGAAACAGCCGUGGCACUCUGGUCGUCUGAGGAACCUGACGCCGUUCAACUGGAAAAGGAGAUUGACCUCCUCAUCUCCCGUGCCGACGAGAAGUCCCUCGAGCUCAGCGACGUGGUUCAAGACAAGGACGUCAUGCCAUCGCUCUGCAUGUUGUACACCAGCAUGAAGUGGCUCUCCGUCAAGACUGCUGCACUCCGAUACAUCACACAAAAUGAUGUCGAGAACGCUAGGCCGACUCUACCUCGACAAUCUAGCAAGCGAUGGACCUUGAUGAAUGAUUCGACCAAGACUUCGAGCGACGAGGGCCCUGUACACCUCCCCAUGACUCCGGAGACAGCACAAGCCUUCGAUGGCAUUGUCUCGUCCUACGAGGAACUCGCUACGAAAGCUCUCCUCACCCUUCACCUGGAGAUUCGCUGCCAAAUCAUCUACGCCCUACACCGCACACUUACGCCCGAGACAUCGGCGCCAUACGUCCUCGACCAGGAAGUCACCGAGCCCGACCCGGGCAUCCUGACGCUGAACGGCGACCUCAUCACCUUCGAUGAGACGGUCGGGCACUUCCUCCGCCCGCGGGAGUCGGCCUUCAUCCGCACCGGUCUAGGCCGCCUCAUUGACACCUACCUCGUCCGCAAGGCGCUCCUCGCCAAGCCCAUGAACCACAACGGCUGCGGGCGCAUGCAGCUCAACAUCCUGGUCCUGCAGCAGAACCUCAAGAACGUCGAGGAAGGCGUCGACCUGCGCCACUCGGCCGAGUAUUACGCGCUGUUCGAGAAGGGGCCGGGCGGCGUGGUCGAGAAGGCCAGGGCGGACAAGGAGGCGGGCGACGACGUCGAGGGGGACGAGGAGGCCAAGAGCAUGCGGUUCUCGUACGAGGAGCUCGAGGCGCUCAUGGAGCUGUGCUUUAGCGAACAGCUGGCGAAUCCCGAGAGGGGUAUCGCUGCUGCGGCUAAGCGCCAGAUGGGCGAGAAGAUGUUGGCGUUGAGCGAGUAUACUUGGCAGACUUGAUGGGGGAUAUGAGCGUGUAUGUACCGUGACGAAUCUCGGGUUAGUCUUUUUUUUUAUAGGUAGGUAAAUAAGGGAAGUUUUGAGCCACCUUUUACAAAUCCUUGUAUCUUGAAGGGAAGAGCAACUCGCAGGCGUUUCCAAUGAAGUGAUGGUAUCCCCUUACUAAUCGACCCCACCCGUAUAUUGUCUUACCGACUCACCGAGCUACCGACCGAAUAUUCACCGAGAAGCCACGGCGUCCAUCAUGAAGCCUCAUUCCUCGUAUUUCGAUACACGUCC